GUUUAGCCUAGGCCUCUCUUGCUUCCUGCCCUGAACUCGCUGAAGUGCGCAAGUCGUGCGACGCCCUACUCCUGUAAAGUCCGUGCGACAGUUUUGCUAUGGCCAACAAGAAAAAUAAGAAGAAGGCCUUCCCCAGUAAAAACGGCUUACGUCUAACGCGCAAGAACAAGGGCUACAGGGUAGAGGAUGGCCCAUUUCACCCGGAUGGCCGCCUGACCGUCAAGAUAUCGGAGAUUGACGACGUAUAUGGCAUCUCUACAAUUCCCGCAGAGUGCUUCCAGCGCAUCGGAAUCACAAAUGCGACGCUCGACACUGAGGUUACGGUCCCGCAAGUACGCCAAGCCUACGCUAAACACGAGCGGACGAUGGCGAAUGCCCGUUGGAAGGAGGCGAAGAAGAAGAGGAAGGAAAAAUCUAAUCAAACGACGGACCUCUAUCCGGGCAAUGUGUAUUUGACCAGGCGGAGGACGUACGAUAGGAGCGGCAUGGACGACGUUGCGGACCUUACGCAGAAUCUACAGCUGUAUGAGCGUGCAGAAGGCAGAAGCGCUUUCGGCCCUGGUAGGGCGUUGGUACACUGGGACUCUGAUGACGAUUGUACGUCGUCUUUGGUGUUUCUGGGGGCUUCCUGCUCACAUGAAGCUGCCCCUCUACUUGCAGAAUGAUGCCCUUUCUCGCUCAACGCGCGUGUAGAAGAACCCGUCGU